AUGGCAUCAACUUGGAAACAUCUACACACGGGCCGAGCGCUCUCUAAAUCGUUCUUCAAUACCAAACCAAGCAAACGCCAGCAACAAUCCUUCAGCACUACCCCAUCAUCAGCAAUGAACGCCGCCCUCCUAACAGCCUGGGGCAAGCCACCCAAAUACAUGACCAAUCGCCCCCCUCUCCCAGCUCCAUCACCAUCACAACUGCAACUCAAGAUCCUAGCCGCAGGCGUACCCCGCGCCGCGAAAGGCCGGGCACUAGGCAAACAUUCCAGCGUCCAAGGCGGACUACCAUACGACCCCAGCGUCGAUGGCGUCGGACUCGAUGAGUCUACCGGGAAGAAAUACUACAUCGGCCCCCUAGCAGCCCCACUCUUCGCCGAGCGCGCGAACGUUGAGAAGCGGCUAAUAACCGAGCUACUCCCGGAAGCUGAUCCGAUUACCGUGGCCGCGCUGGCGAAUCCUGUUAGUAGUAGUUGGAUGGCCCUAAAUGUCCGCGUAAUCGGCGGUAUCAAAAACCGAAACCUCCUGAUCGUCGGCGCCACAUCCGAAAGCGGCCGGCAUGCCGCGCGGGUCGCCCGACAUCUCGGGGCGAGCAAAAUCAUAGGUGCCUCACGUACUCAAGAAACCCUCGACCUCGUCGAAGGUCUCGAUGAGCGUAUCCUCUUAACCGACCCCAUUUCGAUCCCAAAGACAAUCGGACCAAUCGACGUUGUACUAGAUUACGUCGGUGGUCCCACCAAUAUCGCCGUCAUGAAAGCUGUUGAGAUACAAGAAGGCAGAGGCUUACAGUACGUCAGUGUCGGCGGUAUGGCCGGCCAUGAGAACUUAGUCAUCCCCGCUAGUUUACUAAAUGCCCGAGAUAUCCGCAUCGUUGGAUCUGGUAUGGGCGGUCUCACGAUGGAUGAUAUCGUGAAGCAAAUGCCGGGAUUAGUUGCUUUCCUUAGCAAGAUAAAGAGGCCUUCGAAUGUUAUCACUGCUCCUUUGGCUGAUAUUGAGACUGCUUGGGACUCUACUGGGGAGAAGGAGAGACUUGUGCUGAUCCCUUAG